CGGAACCUGACCUUCAUGUUCUGCCAUUCCAGACUGGAAUCGGAGAUCGAGUUGCUGGAGAACGAGGAGUCCCAGAUCUCUGCUAAGGAACAGGUUCUCCGAGAGCGUCUGAGAGAGACUGAGCGGUCCAUUGAAGACCUGCAGAAGAGUCUACAGUACCAGGAUGGAGAUGCGGUACGCGCUGAGAACCAGAGCCCCAGGACUUCUUUCAGCCCCAGCCUGCCAGACACACACUCCGCUGGGGACAGCCAGCCUCCAAAGAAGCCUGCGAUGUUCGCCAUGGAGAUCAACGUGGAGAAGGACCGUCGGACGGGCGACACACGGAUCCUCUCUGCGGAGGCCGUGAGCCCAGACCAGGUGCCGUCCCGCGGCGUCAAGGUGUUCGACGACGGCCGUAAGGUGGUCUACGAGGUCCGCUCCGGGGGAGGAACCACACUGGAGAACGGCGUGCAGGCCUGGAGCUCCGCCCAGGUGGACCAGCUGAUGCAGCGCGUGGGCCAGCCCACUGCUCGGGGAGAGGGCCAGGUCACCGUCACCCCAGCCAACCCCGACACCACCGCCCCCUCCAUCGCCCCGCCCCCCAUCCCCACUGACCACGCCGCCAGGGAACAGACUGUCCAACGGGAGGCGAGGCUGGGAGCCCCGCCCCCUGCGGUGGUGUCCCAGCCAAUCAGGAGCGAGCCUCUGGAGGGGGAGGUGCUGGGUGUUCCGACUGCCAGUGUGGAGCAGCCUGUUACCAUGGUGUUCCUGGGCUACCAGAGCGUGCAGGAGGACGAGGGGAGACGUCUGCUGGGCUUCGACGGCACCAUCAAGGCGGAGAUCGUCCUGAUCGACGAGGACGACGAGAAGUCGCUGAGGGAGAAGACCGUGACGGACGUCUCCGCCGUCGACGGCAACGCCGCCGACCUGGUGUCCGGCCGGCCGCUCUCCGACACCACCACGGAACUGUCUUCUGAGGGUUGCGACCCCUCCUCGCCCCUGGAUGCCCCGCCCCCUCCAGGUAGAGGACAGACCCACGGGGACGCCUUGACGACAGGAAACAGACCAAUGGCAGCCACUUCCUAUAAACAACCCCACACAGCCAUGAAGCCCACGCGAGCCUCGGAGGAUGACGGUGAGCUGAGGAGAGACAGAGCCCUGAAGACCGUCAGUUUCCUCGACGCCGUCAGUGUCAUCACAGCCACACACUGCACUAUGGAGUUGGACGCACACCACGAGAGUCAACAUGGCUUUUCCGAGAGCCCACAUGGCUUUUCCGAGAGCCCACAUGGCUACCCAGAGAGCCAACAUGGUGGGCAGAAUGGUCUGGGAAGCCAUUCUAAGGUUCUGGACUCUGAGGUGGCCCAGGAAAUCCGGUACCUGGACCAAGUUCUGGAGGCUAAUGGCUGCGAUGGAUCCACCGACGGGCCGACCAAUGGCACAUCCACGCCAGAGCGCAGCGAGGUCCACAUUGACGGCUCUUCCCCCUCAGUUCUCGUGUCUGGCAUGGCGCCUCCUGCUGGCGAGGAGGUCAGAGUGGAGGGCGGGAGGCAGACCACCUUUAUUGACCAGGAAGUGAAUCCCUCCAAAGCCAAUGGCCAUUCGGCAGACUCCUCCUUCUCCUCCUCCUCCUCCUCCUCCUCUUUCUCCUCCUCCUCCUCCUUCUCCUCCUCGAAGAAGGAGGCGCCGCGCUUCGAGCUACGGGCGUUCCAGGAGGAGAGGAAGCCAUCGCGGCUGUUUGAGAGCCCUGCGGAGGAGGUGCGCGUGAAGAAGGUGCGUCCGUCGGAGGAGAUGCUGGAGCUGGAGAAGGAGCGCCUGGAGCUGAUCCGCGGCCAGGCCGUGAAGAAGAACCCGGGCAUCGCCACCAAGUGGUGGAACCCUCCGCAGGAGAGAACCCUGGAGGAGGAGCUGGACCCGGAGCAGCUGGACUCACACAGGAAGUACCAGCAGAGGAAGCAGCAGCGCUCGCAGGGCCCCGGAUAUGCCCCCGGAUACGCCCACAUGGCUAGCCAGCCCCCAAUGGUGACCUUUGAUCUCCCAGAGGCCACCCCCAGAGAGGAUGUGGUGGUAGAGCAGAUUGACUUCCUGGCCGCCAGGAAGCAGUUCCUGCAGAGUGAGCAGGCCAAGCAAGGGGGCGGGACCAGGAGAGACGUGGCUCCUCAGAUCUACUCCGCCAAACCGUUCUCCGUCUCCACGGGCAACCGUGCCCGCAGCCCAUUGGCUGAGCCAGGUGACAUCACCACGGUGCAGCCAGAGAUGAUCAGCUACAGCGCCGAAGAGUCUCCUCCCCCUGGGAAGAGUGACAUGACCUGGGCUGAAGAGGGAGGUGGAGACUUCACGUGCGCGCGUGCCGUCAUGACGAUCCUGAGGGAGGAGGACUCGGACGGGCGGGCCCAGCCCCUUGGCUCCUCCUACCACCUGGAGGAGUUUGACUCGGGAUUGGACGAGCUGUCCCUGCGCUCCCAGGACACGGCGGUGCUGGAGACCCUGUCUAAUGACUUGAGUCUGGACACAGUGUCCGACCAGGAUGCCCUUAGCCUGCCGCCCACUCCACAGCCCACCACCCCGGUAAACGGACGGCUGGAGUCAGGCCCACUCGCUCCCCCUGGGUAUGCCGGACCCAGCGAGGACGAGCUGGAGUAUCAGGCGGGCAUCCUCGUCCACAACGCCAUCCAGCACGCCCUAGGGUCACAGGAGGAAGAUUGGCAGCCCUCAAACUCCCUCGAUACUCAGUCCUCCCUCCUCUCCUCCACCCAAACCCAGUCCCCCCCCCUGCCUUCCCCCCAGACCCAGUCCCCCCCCCUGCCCUCCCCCCAGACCCAGCCCUCCCCCCUGUCCUCCCCCCAGACCCAGUCCUCCCCCCUGCCCUCCCCCCUGCCUUCCCCUCAAACCCAGUCCUCCCCCCUGUCCUCCCCCCAGACUCAGUCCUCCCCUCUGCCUCUCACCUUGUCCUCCCCCUCCUUCCCCUCCACUUCCCCUCUACCCCCAGCCCCAACCCAGCAGCCCCCCCCAGACAAGCUUUCGGUCACCCUAUCCCCCAACCCCCAUCAAUCGCCCACAACUUCCCCCCCAGCCCAAAGACCCUCCCCAGGGCCGGAAAGAAGGGAGGGGGGGCCCAGGAUCAGAGUCCAGUCUUCCUACGCCAGAGCCCUCGCUGCGGCCCCUGAGCCCACACCUGCCCCAGCCGUGGCCCCCGCCCCCUCCAGGCCAGCCCAGCCCUACCCUGCGCCCCCGUCCAGCCCCCCCAGGGAGAAGCAGGAGUUCAGCUACUUCAGUAAGUACUCGGAGGCAGCCGAGCUGCGGAGCACGGCGGCGACGCCCGCCCCGGAGGCAGAGCCGAGCGCCGGCCCCUUCCGUCUGCGCUCAAGGAAGCAGAAGACCCUGUCCAUGAUUGAGGAGGAGAUCCGCGCUGCACAGGAGAGGGAGGAGGAGCUGAAGAAGCAGCGUCAGACGCUGGGGGUCCGACCUGCCCCUGGCCACGCCCCUGGUCACGCCUCUGGCCACGCCCCUGGAAACAGACAGAGUCAGAGGGUCACCAUUUCCCCUGGUGACAAGCUGAAGACCAACAGCCUGCCAGCCAGACUGACCCUGACAUCCAGGACUGCCCCAGGUAAGAUUGAGAAGAUACGUCCAGCCCCCCCAGUGUCCCCCUCGCUCUCGGAGGGCCCCCCUGCCUCCCCCCUGUCUGACCAGGGCAGCGACGACUCGGGGGGGCGACCCAAGAACUUCAUGCAGACCCUGAUGGAGGACUACGAGACGCACAAGGUGAAGAGGCGUGACAAACAGGAAGACAACAGCUAUGCCCGUCUGUUGCUGGCUAGUGAGGUGACCAUUGAGGUGCUGGAGGCUACAAGGGUGACGCGCAGGAAGAGCAACAUGGCGCUGAAGUGGGAGGCUGGUAUCUAUGCCAACCAGGAUGAACGGCAGGGGGAAGAAGAGGAGGAAGAAGAGGAGGAAGAGGAGGAGGAGGAAGAAGAGGAGGAGGAAGAGUAGACUUCAUUAAAGCUAUAAGACAAUCAGUGGUGGUGGGAGAGGAGGAAAAGAAGGAGGGAAGAGGAAGACAGGAAGAGGAAGAGGAAAAAGAGAGGAGAAGGCCCUGCGGGGCACCCAGCAGUAUUUAUUCUUCUGAAGUGUUUUGAUCACAUGACCUAACCACUGGCCAAUCAGCUGACCGGGAUCCCUGAGCAAUACUCAGGAGACUCACGGCUUACAACGACAACGGGGGGUGCUUGUUUGGAGGGUGUAGGGGUCAAAGGUCAUUUGUAACGUUUGACUGUUCACAGAUUGUACAUGAGUUCUGUACUUUCAGACUGAAACAAAGAAUGAGUUGUGGAUGUAUGUUAUGGACAAAGACAAAGGGUCAGAGAGCUGUAGACAAUAUGACAUUUAAAGGGGGCCGAUUCUCUGCUGAUUUGGUGCAUGAGUAUUUUUCUCUCUCCUACUGUAUAUCACCACUAUCUCUCGGGGGUCAUCAUUCAGCUGCCAUGCUACUAGCCAUUACCUUUCUGGAGUCUUACUGGACUUGUUGGGGGGGGGGGGGGGGUGGAUGGAUAGAUGGAGUUAACAUUAAUGUAAUGAGACAUAUGGAGUAUUAAGUCCAUGCUGUUGUAAAUAUGGUAGAGGCUCCACACACACAUACACAAAGACACACACUCAAACGUCAAUAUCACAACUAUACAACACAGUUAUAGGAAUGAGGAGGCUUUCAGAGUGAAUGUUGUCUGAAACCAACUCUAAAAGAUUAUGUGCUCCUGCAAUUUGCAAACAAUCUGUUUUAUGUCUUGUUAGGUUUAUUAGAUUGUCUUUUUUUUAUUUCUAAAAUCAUUUGUUUUUACAUAUUGGCAUUGCUUGUUUCAUUUUGCGCUUUCGGAUGUAAGCAGCUAUUGUGUUUUAGAGGCCUAUUGUGGUGAAUGGUGGGAGACAUUGCAAUAUCUUGAUAUUAUUCUUGACCUAACUAUACAAGGGAACGUUUGAUCUGUCAUUUGAGGCUCUUUUUAUGAUCACAGUCAUCCAAAAUGUAUGAAUAAGAGAAUAAGUGAAUAAGACUGAUGGUACCUGUUAGCAUCAGACCAGAACAUCAAUCAGAAGGCCCACACCACUGCUGAUUCACACAUACAGCCAUUAAAAUAGAAGACCACCCUCCAAUCAGAACCUUUCCUGGGGGACAGAAACUCCAAUCCGAAUGCUUCCUGGGGACCGAAGCUCCAGAAGAGUCUGACAGUUACUCGUGGUGUUCUAGAAAAAUCUUUGCUUUUUUAUAUGCAUAUAAUAUAUCUGAAAAAUAUUUAUCGGGGUGUUGGCUCUUUAUGACUAUUGAUUUGGCUUGUCCCUGGACUAGAGUUAGAUGGAGGGUUUUUACAGCGCUGACUGCCUGUCUAACCUGACAACCUGUUUGUCUUCACAGAAGGGUGUGAGACACUGAUUGUGCUUUAAAUAGACCAGCAAAGAGAGAUUGGAGAGACUAUAAAAGGGAGAGAACUGUUGGGAGAGACCAGCAAAGAGAGAAAGAAAUAAAGUGAGAGAAUGAGAGAUGGAGUCCUAGCAUGCCUGAUGCUUGUGUUGAUGAGAAUGAGGUGCUGGAUGAAUAACAAGGUGACAGGUAAAAGGUGGCAGGUUUCACCUGCUAGUGUUGAUGUGUUUCACUUACAGAUGGUUUUAUAUAUAUGAGAGACUGACCAUGCAGUGGAGAUUAUACCCCUGGGAGUGGAAAAUAUUUAUAUUUUUAAGACCAUGUAUGCGCAUUUAUCUAAGAUAUGUAUCCUUGUGUGAGGACCUCGGGGCACAGUCAGGGGGCAGUUGAUUUAUGGGAUGGCAGUGUAGUCGACAUGACAACCUUCUCUCUAGUUAUGGAUUAGCACGUUGGUUGGAGGAAGCCCAGUCCUUCCUCUUGGUCAGUUGUAGGAUAUAAUGAUAUACCAAUGCACACCAAAAAAACACAUCAUUUCUGUGCGUUAUUCUGCGUUUUGUGUUUGAAUUUGAUGGUGGUGAUGAUUGUAUUUAUCGUUGUAACUGCGAAAAAAGGCUUACUUUACUUCUGUCUGGGGGUGGGGGUGGGAUGUCUGUAUGUCAUGAGAGGAAAACCAGGAGAAACAGGGAAGAUCUGCCUCCUUCUGCCUGCUCCACACAACAAUAAACACCAAGAGUAGAUAAGGAGUAGAUGAUGACAGUGGGGAGGGAGCAUGGAAUGGAGGAGCUGUGGGGGAGGAGUAUGUACAGAUGGAGUCAUUAUAUUCAAUGUAAAGCCUGGGUUUAUAUAUUAACCACUUUUAUGUUCAUAGCCAAGGCUCGCAUCAUACCCCUAUAUCAUUAUUUUCUCAUUAAAAUGAAAAUGGUA